AUGUCAGAUAGUCAUUCAGUAGCGUUCAAUAUUAUUAAAAGAAACAGGUUAACGUCUCCCAGCAGCAGUUUUAAAGGCUCCAGUUUUAAAGACACUCGUUCCACUUCAGUAAUUCUGGACAGCAGAUGCAAUGAGUCAUUAAAAGAUCCUGAUGCAGAACGUAAAGAAACACCGAGAGCAACAAGUUUAUCUUUGCUACAAGAGCAUUCUGACCAUAUUCGUCCAAAUGACCUCUGUUCUGUGUCAUCUAUUGAAAAUGAAAUGAAUUCUAUCUCCUUAUCAGACAGAAGAGAAGUAAACAGGAGCACAUAUUUUUUUGAAACCCCGAAAGCGGGUAGAAAAGGCUCCUCGUUACGCAGGAGGCUGCUUUCAUUGAAGGCUGGUGCAGCUCUAGGGAGCUGUGAAAACCAAGUUGGUUCUUCAGUGAGCAGCAGGAAAAAACUGUUCCCUUCCGUUCUGAGCUCUGAAGAAAAACUGUCACAAACUGCUUCACACUCUUUGAAAGAUGAAAGUUGCAACACCCUGAAAGGUAGCACUGCGGAGACUGAGGGCUCUAGUCCUGAUUGCCCAAAACGGCGACUAUCCUUUUCACAACAAAGGACUUCUACUCUAGAUGAGUCCAAAUGUAAGGAUCCCUCAUUGCUGGAAACAGAAUGUUUUUCUCCAAUUGAGGGUAAGGAUGUUACUGCUAGUAACACUAAUGAAUUCAGUGAGAGUGUCCUUUUAAGUGUUAGUGAAGGGUUGCUUCAGACUCCUACUUGCAGUGUGUUACCUGAGGCCAGUGAUAGCAAGAUCCUGAAUUCUAUUGAUAGUCUUGUAGAGAACUUCAACUUUGAGCUGUGCGAUGGAAACAAUCCUUCUGUUAAGCUGGCAAGUUACCCAAAUAUUUCAACACCUGAGGAUAGCGGAUAUAAUUCACUCCAACUGGACAAAUCAGGAGACUUGUUGUCUGAUCAUGAGGGUUCUUUUCAAGAGAGCUUUCGAAAACGCAAAGAAGGUUCCAAAAUUCUGGAUAUUAAAAGAAAGGCAAGGAAAAUUGAAAGAGUGAGAAGGUUGUCAACUCUUCAGGAACAGGGCUCACAGUCGGAGACAGAAGACCAUCAUGGCAGUCCUAAUUCAGCACGUAUGUUAGUGGAAGAAAGAAGCUUUGUCACAGAAGACCGUGGAUUAUUUUUAAAGGAACAGACGAGUGAAGACUCAGCUGUAAAUUAUGGAGAUCUCUCAAGAACUCCAGCUCUGCAAGUAGUCCAUGAAAUUUGCUUGCAAAGACAAAGAUCAGACAAAAAUCAAAUAUCAAAGAAUACUGUCGGAACACAAAUAGUUGCAUUAAAACAUGUUCUCGCUGGACUUAUUGGCAAGAAAAUGGGCCUUGAAAAGUUAGAUAUUUUAACUGAAUUAAAAUACAGAAAUUUAAAACAUGUUCUUGCUAUUGUUUUAGAUGCUUUGACAGUGGAAAGUCUAUGCAGCAUUUGGAAAGUAAGCAAAAACUGGCGUGAAAUCAUUGUACAAGAUAAAAGAGCAGACAGGAGGAGGAAGUCAUACAUAAAACAGCUGAAAGAAGCAGCUGAGGAACACCUAUUGAAAACUGAAGAUGCUGCCACAAGACUUAAUGUCCUCAACAGAUCUGCUCUAAGGCCAGUUCAAGCUCAAGCCAGAACUCCUGGACUGCAAACACCACCCUCUUACACUGAACUUACACCCAGGAGAUGCAGUUCUGUUCCCCAGUCAACCAGUAGACAGGAAGAAUACAUAAAAGUUGCUAAAACUCUAUUCACUGACGAAGCUCUAAAACCCUGUCCAAGAUGUCAAUAUCCUGCUAAGUAUCAGUUGGUAAAGAAAUGGGGGCUAUGUAGCAGAGAGGCCUGUGCCUUUGAGUUCUGCAUUUUAUGUCUGCAUGCUUUCCAUGGGUCCAAAGAAUGUAACAGCUUAUCAGCAAAACAGAAGAACAAAAAAGAUGCUCCUCCAGGAAGUGCCCAAAGCAAAAGAAAUUUAAAAAGACUCUAA